AUGUCCGAAACUUCUCCCCUACGAUUCGACGGUCGCGUCGCCAUUGUGACCGGGUCUGGUCGAGGUUUAGGCCGCGAAUAUGCUCUCCACCUUGCUAGCCUUGGUGCUGCAUUGGUUGUAAAUAGCACCACCGCCUCGACAGCAAACUCUACCACCAAGGAAAUCACCGACACUGGCGGCAGGGCUUUUGCCCAUGUCGGUAAUGUAGCGGACCGCGAUGUUGCAAACUCUAUCGUGAAAGCUGCAAUCGAGAAUUUUGGGCGUGUCGAUAUUAUUAUCAACAACGCUGGUGGUGCGAAUGGUGGCGAAUUUGAACAAUUACCUGAUUCUAACCUCUGGGACAUGCUCAACGUCCAUGUGGGGGGAUCCUGGAACGUCACCCAGGCAGCUUGGCCAUAUAUGAAGAAGCAGAAUUUUGGCCGUAUUAUCAUGACUGCAUCCUCAAUGGUUUUUGGUGCUGCGCAGCAGUCAACCUACGCAGCAGCAAAAACCGCCGUUAUAGGUCUAGCCAGGUCUAUUGCUAUCGAGGGCAAGCAGCACAACAUCUUUGUUAAUACUAUUGCACCUAUGGCUUACACACCUGGUGCUGCCGCGUAUGUCUCGGACGAGCAGACUCGCACAUUGAUGGAGGCCAACAUGCCCGCACGUGACGUGGCACCCACGAUAGCUUGGCUAGCUCACGAGAGUUGUCAAGUCAAUGGCGAAACUCUAGUGGCGGGAGGCAAACUAGUUAAACGCGUCUUUCUGGCCGAGACUAAGGGCUAUUUUGGCCCUCAAGAAGGAGUUUGGACCAUGGAAUCAGUGAGAGAUAACUGGGAUAGGAUUGUCGACGAGUCGGAUUAUGAUGUCCCAGUUGACAUGGCAGAAUAUGGUCCCAAGACCUUCCAGCGGAUUAUUCAGCAAAAGUGA